CUUCUAACCUUUUUCUGCCUUCUUCGUAUCUAUGGUGGAUUGUGUGAUGGUCACCUAACCUAAUUAUGCACACCUGAUGCAUCAGAAAUACUUUACAAUUGUUCACAUUAAUCAUUGAUUCCUGUAAUAACAUUAUUUUCUUUUACAUUUGUAUAUAACAUUAAUUAUAAUGCUGCAAUUCAGUGCGACGCUCUAUACCGCAACCGCCCGAUUCGCACCUCGUUCGUCCUGGCGUUUCACUGCUCUCAUAGCCAGUAAUUGCAGCACAGCAGUCACCAGUGAGCAUUCAGUUGCACCUGUGAAGGAAGAUCAUGGUGCUAAAUUUUCUAAAAUACAAAACAAUGUUGUACGAAAGGAAAAGCAGAAAUUUAAGAAAACGGAAACACAGACGAAGCUUUAUUCGCCAGGAAAAAAAUUUAAUAACAGCGAUGCCAUAUUUUUAAAACAGUUUCAAGCUGCUAAAUCUAUAAAUGACUUGCUGGAUUUAGCAACACUACCAAAUUUAUCUAUAAACAAUGCCUUGAAGAUUAUAUCGAACAUAACUAAUCAAAUAAAUAGCGGAAAGUCGCAAAUGGUUGACAUUGAGGCUGAUGAAAGAUUCGUUCACCUUAGAAAGAUUAUUCAGAUUGGUGAUAAUAUAAAAACAUCAGAUGAUAAUCUUUCGCAGUAUACUCAAUUGUCCACACCUGCAAUGAUUGAGGUGAUAGCAACUUUGAGAGAACAAGGAAAAAGGAAUACACCGCUAUUAAGGAUGCUGUCGUACAAUAUUGUUAAAUAUAAUGUGACAUUAAAUCUGAAGCAAUGUGCGACUCUGUUGUAUAGCAUGGCUGUACUUAGUUUUCCAGAUAAGGUCCUUUUGGAAAAAAUCACAGCAGAUCUACUGGAAUGCUUACCAAAAAGUAUCAGUGCAGCUACAAAUAGAUAUAUAGUAACAUCGCUAGGAUUUCUACAUUAUAAAAAUGAAAAUGUGCUCGACACAAUCUGUGAUACGCUCUUUGCAAAUUCGAUUAAUUACAAAUUUCAAGACUAUUCGUCGAUACUACAAACAUUUGCAGCUUUACAGUAUAAAUCGGAGCGAGUAAAUUCAUUUAUUGAGAAAUUCACAGAGGAAGCAAACCAAUUUCAAACAUCUUCCACUGAAUGGUUGGAUAUCGUUUGGUCCUUAGCAGUAUUAGGUGCAGUGAAGACACAACACGUCGAAUCUGUAUUGGAACCUGCAUUUAUGGAAAGGUUAAACGUUUCCUCCAAACUAAAUGUAUCAAAGAAAUUAAAAUUAUUAAAUAUCAACGGCGUUGCGCAGUUUGUCCUGAAAGAUUAUAAAGGGCCUCUGUUGAAUACAGAUUCUGAAGUAUUUAAAAAUAUAUCUUUGGUUAGAGCAAAAGAAAAGCAAAUGUACAUAGAUGCGUUGUUGGAAACAUUAAAGAAACUAUUGCCAUCUCAAUCUUACUUUAAAGCCAAUUUUGAUACAAAUAUGGGCUUUUUUCCAGAUGCAGAAUAUCGUAUAAAUGAUCAACAUAAACUUGUAAAAGUGGAAAAUUGGGAUGAACAAUCCACAAAUGUAAAGAGGAUAGGAAUAAUGAUUCACGAUUACCACGACUAUUGUCGAGGACAGACCGAUCUCAUAGGAUCGACAUAUUUAUAUACAGAAUUAUUAAAAGCCAGAGGAUACGACCUUAUAACAAUUUCGUAUGAAAACUUCAGCAUACAGGACAAAGUCGACAAACGAAUCGAUUAUUUGAAGCAACGUCUGAAUAGUGUACAGGAAAUGAGUUCUAUAGAGUAGCAAGAUUGGUCCUAAUUCAAUAAAAUCCAAAUAAAUAUUUAAAAAAAAUGUACAGAUGUCACAUGUGCUUUCCUUGUUUUAUGUUUCAGAAAAUUGGAAAUUAUUAAAUGUCUGUUGAUUUGUGUUUUA